UCACACGUCUAGACUGUCUCUCAGCUGGAUAAGUGCUUUUGCUGAGAUCCCUCUGGUCACUGCAGAAAAGAGAAAGAGUGAGGCAGAGUGAACAUGGAUUCGCCGUCAUUUCGACAACCUUUCUCCGUCGUUUUACUGUUCAUCACUUUUCACACAUUCACUUGCGAAGAGAAAGAAUGUGUCUCAACACUUCAAAUUGUGCGAAGUUUCAACAUCCACUCUAAAUGCAACAGAACAGUACUGGAUGAAAAGGAUCAAGCGCAUGUGAAGGGCCCAGUCACCACACUGCUCAUCCCCUUGCUUUACUUGUUGGCUCUUGUCGUUGGACUCCCCGCUAACGUGACAGCCAUGUGGGUCCUGCUCGCUAAAACCAAGAAGAUGCCUUCGACUAUUUUACUGAUCAACCUGACAACUGCAGACCUCCUGCUCAUCCUGGUCCUGCCCUUCAGGAUUGCCUACCACUUUCAGGGCAACAACUGGAUCUGGGGGGAGAGUUUCUGCAGGACCACCACUGCCAUGUUUUAUGGCAACAUGUAUGGUUCCAUUCUGUGCCUCAUGCUUAUUAGUAUCGAUAGAUACAUUGCCUUAGUCCACCCAUUUGGUGCCAAAGUCUUCAGGAGCAGAAAAACUUCCAUCUACAUGAGCCUCGUCAUUUGGGUCAUUGUAAUAGGAGCCAUGUUGCCUUUACUCCUCACUCAGCAGUCUUACACCUUAAAUGAGCCGAACAUUACCCUCUGCCAUGAUGCUUUGCCCCAGAAGGAGCAAGAAACAUUCUUCUUUCCUUACUUUGCCAGCCUCUUCACCCUAGCAUUCGUCAUACCCUUCUGCGUCAUCUUGUUCUGCUACUGCUCCAUCAUAUGGACGCUGAUGAGAAGUCAAGAGAGGUAUACCCAUGCAGCGAAAAUAACUGCUCUGGUAUUGGUGGUCUUCAUUGCUUGCUUUUUGCCCAGCAACAUGAUCCUUCUCAUCCACUACUCAGAAUCCCAUCUCAUUGUGGGAAAGCAGGACUUAUAUGUCCCUUACCUGUUCAGCCUGGCUCUGAGCACCUUCAAUAGCUUCAUUGACCCCUUUAUCUAUUACUAUGUGUCUGAAGAUUUUAGAAAUAAAGCAAUAAAACUAUUUGUCUGCUGUAGAACCAAAAAUUACUUUAUAUCCACUCUUUCUUCAAGAAAUCAGGAUUCUUAUUCAGCUUCUAAGUUCAGGUCUGUUAGUACAGAGAUGUCCGCCUUAAAUGGGGGACAGCUCCAGAAGAAUCAGUGCCUAACCUGAGAUGUCUUUGUUGUGAAUUAUGAAAGAUUUUUAAUGCCUCAGAAUAUUUCUGCGCAAGCUGUUUUUGUUGUGCUAAGAGUUAGCGAAAACACAAACUAAUAAAUGCCUUAUUUUUUUAAGAAUUGCAAGAAUACUGAAAUUCAUUUACUUUCUUAUUUUUUCAAGAGCAUAUGUAUUUUCAAGCAACCUCGUGUUUAAGAUGUUUCAGUAUGAAACAAGAUACUCUACCAUAAUGAAAUCAUUACAAGUUUAUAUUGUUUAUGUUCCCCCUCUGUCAGUUACAAUUGUCUCCUGAUUUCAAUUGGUGAAUUACUCAAAACAGAAAAAGUUGCUGGCGACAACAAGAUUUUGUCAUUGUUUUCUUAACAUAAUCCUAGUAUUGUUUGGUCCUGCAUUGACCUGCUGGAAAAUAAAUUAACUUGGAGACAUGGAAAAGUUGCUGGCUCAAGGGCUUCAUCAAAGUUUUGCUAAAUUGUAAGCCUUCCUUCUGCACUGGCGAUGUUAAAUCAGAUUCCUGCCCACAUCAUCACAGUUCCUCCACUCUCCAUCACACUUCCUCCAGCCUCCAGCUGGCUUGAAUAACACUACAGUAAAUACAAUGCUUACUGUGACAUUUUCUGUCAAAGGAAAAACAGCAUUCAUUCCCUCAGUCACUUUACUAGAUGUUCUACCUCCCACAGAGACAAUUUUGAUUAUUCCUUCCAUUUACAAAGUGUUUUUCCUCCCUAAGGAUUGAAAAACACCCUACACGUUGCAUAGGAGGGGACCCAUCUCAUCUACCACUAAAGUGUCUCACCCAUCCUGUGCCUGUUAGCAGUCCCACUAUACAACAGAGCAGGCUAUGAUAUUGUGAGAAAUGAUUUCACCAACUGAAUUAGGCUGAAGGUUAGGUGGCCAUUUCUAACCUUUCAAAGUUACCCCUGACUGAUUUAUAAAUGUGCAGGACAUUUUCAUGCAGAUACUUUCUGCUGAUACAUAUGUUAUUUCUUCCUGUACUGACUCAUCUUGUAACCCUUGCAAUCUGUAAACAAUAACAAGGAUGAUUCAUAUGGAUGAGGCAGUCCUGGGCUGGUGUGGGGACCCUCUUCCUUCCAGGAUAUGUCCUUCCCCUCACAAAACUGAUUUCCUGGUUUCUCUGGACCAGUCAGCCGUUUGCUGAGGCUGGACAAGAAAACCUUCCAAGAAAACCUCUUUCGUUGACUCAUACUGAUAGCAACCAAGUGAUCUUCAUUACUGAAGAAGGACAAGAUUGCAUAAUUUGUAUAAAUAAGAAUAGUUAAUCAAUUAAUCAAUUCAUUUAGACAAUUUCAACUCUAAAAAAAUUCAAAGGAGGUAGUUAGCUAGCCAAUCUUCAAAGGCUGCAAAACAACUAUUUUUAAACAAACAAUAAACAGGAACUUGUGAACACCUGCUUAAAUUAUUCUUUAUCAUGUCGGUGUUUUCUUUUUAUCAGAGAUAUUGACAGAAAUGCUUGUGCGAUUGGUCAUGUUGCCGACACCAAAUACUUGCUUGUGGUUAGCUUCUUGAAGAAGAUGAGCUUUCUCUUCAGCUUCAAAAAUGCUGCUGGCACUAGUACGCUUAGUUCUGUUAUAUUUUGUCUUGUCUUUAGUCAGUUACAAAGUAGUCUUGAAUCAAAGCCCUGUUCGUUUCACUUUAAAGCAAAGCUGUACAAUGCUGUAAAACACGAGAAGGAGCUUAUGUUAUGCUGAAUGUGGGAAAUUACAUCACUUUAUCUUUGGAGAAAACAUAAUCUAGUAGUUCAAUCAGAUCAGAAAGGGCAUGUUUUUACAGGAAGGAACAUGCAUCAGAAGUGAAACAAAUACUCAUCACCCACAUGAUUCCCACAUAAUGUGAGAAAGAAAAGGGAAAUUAUACCUAUCACUACAUAUACAAAGCAGUGUAGAUCAAACGUAAAAUAUUUUAGAUUCAUGAAAUAUACAGUAGACUGUAAAAUAUAUAUGGUUCUUCCAUGCUGUGUAUAAAAUUACAUGAACCCAACAGAUGAAGGCCACACAGUUAAGGAGAAUUUGAUAAAUAGAGUUUUUAACAAAAGUUGGGGAGGGAUAAGUAAUCAGUAAUUAGCAAUCACUCCCUACGUCCUUUUAUCUCCUAAAACACUAUAAAUACCUACGUGAUCCCCAUCUCUCCCUCGCAUACAUCUUUCGCAUCUCACCUCCACGCCAUCUCCACCUCUGCAGCUGCCCCUUGGUCACCCUGCGCGGGGGUCCUGGCCCCCUUGUCCACAGGCCAGGAGGUCGGUCCUCAGCCAAGCCAGUUAAGCUAAAUUUUCACUCCUUAAGCCUUUCAUGACACUUUAUUCUUGGGUGUUGGCAUUCCUAGUGAAACUGUGAACUGCAGAGAACUGAGAGAUGUAAAUAAACCAAAGAAGAAGUAUCCUUGUUUCGCACUUGGGACAAGCGAAACUCGGUCGUAGGCUGCUUUUUGUACAUAUUAUUGAGCCUAACUUACCCUUCAAUAACUACAAUAUGGGGUCAAUGUUCAGCAAACAUUGGGGUCAAGGCAGGAUACAUUCUGGACAGAAUACCAGUCAAGCACAUUAAGUAAUCAAUCAAUUAAAUUCUAAUGUAUUUUGCCUGCAAUCUUUGUGACACUUCACAAGUAUGUAAAACAUUUUACAGUAAAUGAACUAACUCUUACUGCAUGUUAAUUCCAAAUGGCUGACAGCAAUAAAAUCUCUGAAUUCCUCCCUUCAAACCCUUUUCUUAUUUGUAUUCUUUCAGUGUGCCACUGUUAUGCG